AUGGAGUCUGUCCUGUUCUCGUCGCUUUUGCUAGUAGCUGCCUAUCCAAGGAGUGGGAGCCUCCAGCAUGAGUGGAUGCAAAGCCCUCCCAUGCCUUCCAGGGCCUCAAUGCCUUUCUUGGUACGUUUAAGCCCAGAGGUGGAGGCUGUGCCUCCUGGGGGCUCCGUGUGGCUUAACUGCAGCCACAGCUGCCCCCUGCCGGUGCGUUCCAGCCUGCGCACUCAGCUGCGGCAGGGAAAGACACUCAAUGGCUCGGGUUGGGUAUCUUACCAGCUACUGGAUGUGAGGGCCUGGAAUUCCAAGGUGCGCUGCGUCGUCACUUGCGCAGGAGAAACGCGCGAGGCCACCGCCAGGAUCACCGCUUACAAACGGCCGAGAAGUGUGAUCAUGGAGCCUCCUGUCCUAGUAGGCCACAAGUACACUCUACGCUGCUAUGUGAUACACGUGUUCCCCGUGGGGUUCUUGGUGGUGAGCCUAAGGAAAGGUGGCCAGGUGGUUUAUUUUGAAAGUCUGGAGCGCUUCACCGGUUCAGAUCUGGCUAAUGUCACUUUGACCUACGUGAUACGGGCAGGACCCAACGACCUCUGGCAACCACUCACUUGCCAUGCACGCCUCAAUCUUGAUGGACUAGUAGUGCGCAGCAGUUCUGCACCUGUUAUGUUCACGAUGAUCGCUUUGAACCCAGCAUCCAAAGCCUUGGCUUCUGCCUCCAUUGUGGCCCUGGUGGGGAUCCUCCUGGCUGUGGGGGCUGUCUACGUGCGCAAGUACCAGGCCGUGCAGACUCAGUUAUAAACGGGUGUUUGAUGCCUGACAAGAGGGAUAAAAAAAGAAGCUCAGAGCAACUAAUUCAGAUACUCUUGUUGGAUCAAUAAAGCCUUCCUCAGUC